UAUAUGAGGCUGGGGCUUCAGGGCUGGGGCAGUGUGGACGGGACAAUGGCUUCACCCACAGCCACGUGUGCCCUGGCCUGGGCCCUGGCACUGCUCUGCGAGGGGACCCAGGGUGCGGACCCUGCCCCCUGCGUCUUCCCCUUCACCUACAAGGGCAAGGUCUACACGGCCUGCACAACCGAGGACAGCAGCCGGCUCUGGUGCGCCACCACCGCCAACUACGACCGGGACAAGGCCUACAGGUUCUGCUCUGAGAAGGCCUACGGUGGGAACUCGGGCGGCCAGCCCUGCUUCUUCCCUUUCGUGUACAAGAACCACAUCUUCCAUGCCUGCACCAGGUUGCAGAGCCACCUACCCUGGUGCGCCACCACGGCAAACUACGACACGGACCAGCGCUGGAGCUACUGUCCCGACACAAUGCUUGGCGGGAACUCGGAGGAUCCCUGUACGUUCCCAUUCAGCUACAAAGGCAGGAGGUACUCGGCUUGUACCAUGGAUGACAGCAAGCGGCCCUGGUGUGCCACCACAAGCAACUAUGAAGCGAACCAUAAAUGGAGGUACUGCGGCACAGCAGGCAGCACCUGGCAUGACGGGGCCCAAUCUCAGUGA